AGAGAGAGAGAGGGAGAGAGAGCGCAGCAGUGCAAACUAUUAGACAUCCUGACACAACAAGAGGGAGGCAGAACAACUUGACUCGUCUCUGCCUUUGCCACCGCGACCUGCUCAGGAGGAAGGAAACGGAGCCAGGCGACCACACCGGGGAGCUGAGAGGGACUGCAGCCUGACCCAGUGGAAACAGAAGACAACACUGUCACCUUUUCAGCCACCCGAAAUAAAGGAAGGAAGGGGUGAGACGGAGUGAGGCAGGGAGAUAAACCUCAUCUCUCUGACAGGGGGAUUCCAGGUGGAAUGACCCAAUCAUGAUGCCACAACCAUGCCCCACCUCAGACCCAGGUGACCAAGGAGGGAGUGCCUGGCCAUCUGCUAGUGUUAGAGGGAGUGGCAACAGAAUUAUUACCAACUUGGAUUCUGACGGAUUUCCUCUUCACAACCUCUUGCAUUACUGACACUCCGCCCCCACUGGGCUGAGCAUUUGCUCCCACCACCUUAACUUCUGCUCCAUCUGAAUUCCUUUUCCCUGACUACCUUGCUUGGGAUGUUGGCAUCGUUUUGCAGCAGCUACCAUGGAGAUGGAUGAUUUUCUUCAGUACAACUGUUAGAGUAUGCAGACAAGAACAUGCAAAGAGGUGGUGUGUGGAUCAGCUUCUUGAAUCAGACAAUUUGAUGACAUCACAACAGGAUCUGUAGGAAGUCCCCUUCCUGAGGAACAUCUUGGUGUCCUUCCUGGCAUUUGUAGAACAGUUUUUACCUCAUUGCACUGAAGUCAGUUAAGACUCAUAUCCUUCAGCAGCAAAACCAUGAGGCACAUUCAUGUGGAAUUGGCCCAUAAAAAGGCUCCACUGGAGCUUCCAGCGCAGGAGGGGGAUCUACCUCCUUCUACAUCCUCAGUACAUGGCCUAGAUCCUGGGGUGAGAGCAGGGGCGCCCAGGCCCUUUGGCCAAGAGGAGCUGCGGCUCCAAAAGGUCUACCAGCUCUCCAUUUUUUCCCAAAUGGGGGGAUUUUCUACCUCUACAGGAUCUCAAACUGAUGCCCAACAGAGGCCUGUCCGUUUGGGUGUUAAAAGGGGUUUAGAAGAGCCUCAGUUAACUCAUAAGCGCUCCCAUCUAGAGGACUCCGCUGAUGGCGAUAUACUGGAGGGAGGAGUGCUGUGUGGUCAAACCCCAGCUCAAGGAAUUGGGAUGGGCUCAGCAACUGGACUUGAUGGGCCUGGUUCCCCAUACUCUUGCAUGCAGUUGGAGCACAGAGAGUGCGACGGUGGACGGUCACCCAGGUCUCCACCGCUUUCCCCAAGUCACAACCCAUCCCGACGUCCAGCUCAGCACAAUCACGAUAGGUCCAUUCCUGAUGCAUUUGCUCCACUUUCUCCCAAAUCCCCCCCAAUGUGCGACCCACAUGGGCAUAACUAUGACCAGGGUCAUUCCCUCGGAAGCUCAGUCAGAUCUGAGGCAACCAAUGGCAGCCGAACCCCUACCCACUCUCUAGGUAGCUCUAAUCACGAGAGCUGUAGCAACGGCACAUCUGGAGGCCAACCAAGCAACCACUUAUACGAAAUGUCCACAUAUGAAUCCCCUAACCCGGCUAGUCCCACCAGUCCCCCUGGUCCUUUCUCCCCCCCACACCACACAGAGCUGCAGGAACCUGGGGAGGCCACCGAAUGGGACGUUGGACUUGAAUCCUCGCCACCAGUGCGAAGUGCUACCCAGGCUGCCACCUCCUCUAAUGGUUUGGCCUCCUGGGAGAAAACUCCCAGCAGCAAUGGGCACCGUCUCUUCUCUGGAGGCCACUGGCCUGCCAGAAAGAGGCUGCUGUCCCCGAGUGAUGCAGGCGAGUCAUGCUCAGAAGAUGAGGGACCUUCUACAUCAAAGAGAAGCAGGCUGUCCUUGCUAACAUCAGGACUUGGCCCAGCCUCAUGUCGUAGCACCGAUGCUAAAGCAGCUCCGUACUGGAACCACCUACUACCAAGUGCACGGGACCGACCUAAGACUGCCACAGACUGCACAAGGGCUGGGAGACGACUGAAAAAUGGGCUGCGGUUGAAAAGUCGGCAGCUGCGCAGCGGUAAGCAGACAGACACCGGUCGCUCCACGCGCUCCAGCUGGCCCUCGUCUUCCAUCAGCAGGUCACUGCUAGGCAACUUUGAGGAGUCCAUACUGAAAGGCAGAUUCUCCCCAUCCGGGCAGAUUGAAGGUUUCACAGCAGAAAUUGGUGCCAGCGGCUCCUACUGCCCACAACAUGUCACCCUGCCUGUGCAAGUUACAUACUACGACAUUUCUGAGCACAGUGCACCUUCACCCUUUCUGGGGGUGGUAUCCCUUGAACCUCUUGGAAAGAAAGGAUACAGCAUACCCAAAGCAGGGACCAUUCAAGUGACCUUAUUUAAUCCUAAUAAAACUGUGGUGAAGAUGUUCCUGGUGACGUACAACUUUGGCGACAUGCCCGUCAAUCACAUGACCUUCCUGCGCCACCGCAUCUUCCUGGUGCCAGUAGAGGAGGGUGUCGAGGGGAAAGGCGAGACAUCACCCAGGGCUGGAGUAGUGGACAGGAAAAAGAUUCUCUGCUACCUGAUGCAUCUCAGAUUCCAGAGUUCCAAAUCUGGGAAGAUCUACUUGCACAAUGAUAUCCGGCUGCUAUUCUCCCGAAAAUCCAUUGAAGUGGACACAGGGAUCCCAUAUGAGCUGAAAUCUUUCACCGAGGUGCCAAGAAAUCCUAAAUACUCCCCCCGUUUGUGACCCUGGCCUGACCUUUUAAAGCUCUGUGAUGCCAAUGCAGCCCCUCCUGCUCUUCCCGACGCGGAGGGAGGGAAACAAACAGACUGCGAGAAUGAUGGACACUCAACUUGAUAAGACUUGAUGAGAAACGCCACAAGCACACAGUACACACAGUACACACACACACACAGAGUGGACCAUUGAAAAAGUCCCCUUUUUUAUGCAGAAACUCUCCAUUGGAGAUUUAGGCGCAGACUGCGAAUCACUGAGCAGAAAGGGCAGUUCUUCUGUCAUCGGAAAAAGUUCAAACGAUUAGAGAAUUAGUCUUGGGGAUGUCCAGCGUGCACGCAAUCAAAAGCAGGACUUUUUCAAAAAUCUCCAUCUGAACAAGGACAGAAAUGCACAAAUGAAGACACACAACAAAACAGACCCUCUCACACGCCACAUUCUGCACGCACCGCAGCAGGAACACUUUGGACGGCGACUCUCUCUGAGUACAGUGUUAACAUGCAUGCCUUGUGACUUUAACACCUGAAUUUUCCUCUAGUGCCGUGUCACACUGUCCUUCACUCUGCCUGCAGCAGCAAACCCGCCACAUGGGACCAAAAAGAUUUUAGCUUCACUAUUCUUCUUUUAAUAAGAAAAAAAAAAGUUCGAAAAAAAAAAAAAAGUCCCAAAAAGAGAUCCACGCCCCAGACUGAGAUAUGAGAAGCACUUAAACAAACUCUCAAAAAAGAUGAGCAGAGACACAAACACUAGUGAAAGAAAAAGCUGUAAUAGAAUCAAGUCGACUUGACUUGGUGUGUUCUAAAAUGACACAUACGUUAUCUGACUAAACUCAGUAGUUUUGAUAAGGAAUAAAUUUGUCCAUUUGCCAUUUGACCUGUCCCGGUACAGACCACUGUGUACACAUGCCAUGGAAACAUGGGAAUCCAGUUCCAUUGAUGUAGCCAGACUGAGGGACACUGUGCUGUUUUCUCUCUCUUUUUUUUUUUUUCUUUUCAUAUAGAUCCUGUUCUGAACACUCUGAUGUUAGGGGGGUAAAAAAAAAAAAGACAAACUGUAGUAUUUUUAAUUUAUGUUUUUCGCAAAUGUCUUAAUAAGCAAUAUGCUGCACAAAGUAGAGUGUGUUUUUCAGCUUGGACAAGCUUUCUUUUGAAGGGGUAGAACAAAGAAAGCAAAAAGGAGAUUGAGGGAGGGAUAUGAUGUGGGAGGGAAGGGUGAGGGGGUAUUUAACAUGGGAGGGAGAAGUCUGUAUAUUUAAAAGAAUAAACUCUGCGACUGGCGAGUAAAA